GCUGCGCGUAACCGUCAGGUUCGAAUCAGGUUGAGAAGACUUCUCCCCGCGGAAGUGACGGCGAUGGCGGCUCGCAGUUCGAUUCCGGAUUUGCUGUGAACUGCAAGCAGUUUUCAUGGUGACUGUUUGACUUUUGUUAGUUUUCAGACAUUAUUUUUCGUCAAAUACCACAGAUAAAAUAAGAGUAUUGUUUACUGUUUUCAAAUUUCGAAGGACGAAAGUUUUUAGUUAAUGUUCUCCAGGGUUCAAGGUGGUCACCCUACCGAGCUAGCUGCUAGCUUAGCUUGUCGGCGAGACGAGCUGCGUGGUAUAUUCUGACUCUAGCUAGCUAGUCGGUAGCCCACUCACUGACCAAAUUGCUAUUGGAUAGCAAACGUCGUGCAAUAGUCUACUUUUGUUUUAACUCGUGUUUAUAUAGUAAACAUAUUCUGCUACACAAUGUCAAUGCAUUCAAAUCUAUGAGAGUUAGUUGUGCAGCAAGCGUGCAGAGGCACUCACACGUUUGCUCGAUCUACUCUUGUUAAUUUGGACGCGUUUGGUUCGUUUUUGAGAGGUUGUAGGGACGGAUUCCAAUUCGACAAUUUGGACCCUAGCCUGAACCACAUUGGUAAAUUUAGCCAAGCGGGUUAACUUGUAGCACCUUCGACCUCCUGUUCCUGCGUUGGUCCUUGUGUGGUCGCCGACAUGCUGAAGACCCGUCAGUGUCUACUUGGCAUCCGCACUUUCCUAGGUGUAACGUCCAGAAUGUGGGGAUUCAUCUUGUACAUUCUCAGGAAGCACCUACGUACGGUAAUCCAGUACCAGACGGUGCGGUAUGACACUUUACCACUGUCCCCCAUCUCCAGAAAUAGACUUAAUGCAGUGAAGAGGAAGAUUCUGGUGCUGGAUCUAGAUGAGACGCUGAUCCACUCACACCACGACGGGGUCCUCAGACCCACAGUGAGACCCGGCACACCACCAGACUUCAUCCUCAAGGUAGUCAUUGACAAGCACCCUGUCAGAUUCUUUGUACAUAAAAGGCCGCACGUUGACUUCUUUUUAGAAGUGGUCAGCCAGUGGUAUGAGCUGGUAGUAUUCACGGCCAGUAUGGAGAUCUAUGGCUCGGCAGUGGCAGACAAGCUGGACAACAACAGGAACAUCCUGAAACGCAGAUACUACAGACAGCAUUGCACGUUGGAUCUAGGUAGUUAUAUUAAAGACCUGUCUGUUGUACACAAAGACCUGUCUAGUAUCGUCAUCCUGGACAACUCGCCUGGAGCUUACCGGAGUCAUCCAGACAAUGCAAUACCUAUCAAGUCUUGGUUCAGCGACCCUAGUGACACAGCACUCCUUAACCUUCUGCCUAUGCUAGAUGCACUUAGGUUCACCGCUGACAUCCGAUCCGUCCUCAGUCGAAACCUUCACCAGCACCGGCUCUGGUGAUUGGCUGAUUCUGCGGGGAGGGUCUCGCUGAUUGGCUCUUUUUUUUAUACCCCUUCCCCCUACCUGCUCCCAUCGCUCCUCCGUUACCACGCAGUGGACCUUUCACUCCUCUCCGAAAAGGACCGAGGAGAGAAGGGUUAAAGCAGAACAUCCAACAAGGAAUGAACGGAGCAAGAUCUGGAGAGCCAGCAAAUGACUGGGGGGAAGCCAGCUUUUUUCUUUUUCAUGUAUGAUUUUUGAAAAAAACUAAAUGGAGUCUCUCUGCCUUAGUUCCUAAUACUGACUCUGUGUAAGUACGCAUGGGGCUGAGUCUUUUUGUACAUGAAUUGGGAGAAUGCUCACGUUUGUUCGUCAUGCUAAACUUUUGACGUUACAAAAAUAAUAGGGACAGCAAGGCAAUGAACUAGACAAAUUUCCAUCCUUUUUUUCUUACAUGUCAUUAGUCUGGACUGCACCUCUAACGACGCCUGUUAUUUUACUCUCUCUUUCUCAACUUGGUACUGGACCUUACUUCUGUUAAGAUGGCCAAGAGGAACCGGACGACAGGAUUAGAUGGAGGAUGAUAGUUUUGAUUGGGGGAAUAUAGGCCCUGUCAAUCAACCAGGGUAAUUCAUGUGUCGGGGGUACCAAUGAGUGAGUUAUGACAAGUAAUUUUACGCAAUGAAGAUUUGCUACACAACACAGACCUCUCUGGAUGAAGUAUAAAGCAGUCUAUUUUUUAUUUUUUUUAUCAAAUGACUGUUGGUUAGACAUCAUUUAUCUCAAGCUUUUUCCUCCAAAACCCAUUGUAGGAUGUAAGGCUGGACUGAAGAACUUAAUGAAAGAAAAUAAUGGUUAAAAAAAUAUUUCAAUUUCUCAUCUUUCAGUUACCCUGAUGUAUAGUAUGACAUAGACAUCUCCAUUAUUGAAAAUCUUAUGCCUGAUACAUCAUUUCAAUUUGGGAUUUGCACUUAAUUUCUGGAUUUUUACUUUGUUGUUUUGUAUUUGAAGCAGAAUGAGCAGCCCUUUUGAUUGUUUCCUGUUCCCCUGACUGUAUUGGUUCCAUUGUCUGCUCCUGUCUUUUCAAUGCCAUUUGAACAAUUUCAGUCUUGUCAAGACUGCAUCUUUUUGGCUCAGUCCCCAGGUCUGUGUUACUAAUAAAACACUUGUCAGUAUUGAC